AUGGAGGAGGAGGAAGCGAGGAUUCGACGAGCGACGGAGGCUACCAAGAGGCUCGUGGGUGUCUGCGCUGAGAGGGAUCGAGCCAUGGCCAGCCUGAUCGACCGCUCACAGCAGGUGGUGUCGGAGAUGAGGGAGCGAGUGGGGGAGCUGCAGAGGGACUUGGAGGAGGAUACAGCGAGGGUGGACGAGGCAAAGGAGCAGAAGAGCGAGCAGGAGGCGGAGAUCAAUGCGCUCGUGGAAAAGGUGAAGGAGUAUCAGGCGAGAAUCAGCAAGCUCAUGCGAAGGCAAGAAGAGCUUCGGGAGAAGCGAGCAGAUCUUGAAGCAGAUGCAGACCAACGGACCACCAAGAUACGCAAGGAGAUUGCUCUCUUCUCGGGGUUCACGAACAUCAAGCUAGAUGUGGACGUGAAGGACCGGUUUGUCGGCACGCUGGUGCACCCCUCAGGCAACCCCGAGCUUGCCAGGCCCGUUGACUUUGACACCUCCGCCGCCAAUGCCACGACUGUAGCCUACCAACUGUGGAACAUGAUAUGA